AGCAAGCAAAGCAAGCAAGCCAACCCCUGUGAGAAAGCUUGUUUGCUUUAGUUUAGUUUGCACCGGCCGUGACAGCCGGCGGGAGAGGCGCGCACCGCGGCCGCUGUCACCACCACGGUUAAAACGCUGCAGCGGCCAAAGUCACGUACAGUAAAUGGAUGUUCAAGCAAGACGGAGGUCCUUUCAGAAGCGCUCUGUCUGGAAUCCAGCAGACCUUUACUUUCUUUGCAGUUUGAAGACAUCGACACCUUUCAGAGCUCCAGUUCUCACGGCAUCUAAAGCUGAUUUGUAAUUGGCUUUGUAAAAGCACAUGGAACCAAAAUUGGGACAUUUUUUAUGUCUUUCCAACUGCAUUUCCUACCCGGGACAGCAUGGACGCUCUCUUUGAAUCAGGUUGACUCUGUCUUACCUCAUCCCCUCCUUCCUGUCUCUGCAGUAGGAGGGUGGGGGAUCGGCGUCACAUCCCCUGCCCUUCCUUAUAGGCCAGGCCAGUCUUCCUAGGUGUCAUAGACAGCUAGUCUUUUGCAUUAUCUUGCACGAGUCCCGACCAACUCCACCCUUCCAACCCUCUUCAUGAAAUCCUGCCAAAGCUUCAAGGAGGACGUUUCCGUGCCCGGUCUUGGCGGGAUGUCUCAGGACGAGGGACACAGGGCGCCGGUGUCCCAGUCCUACUAUCACUCUCCUAACCCAGACCUAGACUUGAUGGGAAAGGUCUUUAAGAGGGAGGUUGGCGGAAAGCCUUAUUCUGUGCUAGUGGACAAUAAAAUGGCGGCCAAGGCAUCCGUCGGAGACCCGGGCAUCGGUCAGCUGGCCUCUUCGCACGUGACGCCUCAGCAGCAUCAGCAGUACUUCAGAGAGGGAGGACCUGGGCAGGACGCGGGAACACAAGGUUCCCAAUCAGGCAACGACGGAUCGUCUGAAGACACUGAAGAUGAGGACGAGGAAGAGGAGGGUGAGGACUGUGAGGAGGGGUACAAGCGCGAGCAGAUCAUUGUGGAAGUUAACCUGAACAACCAGACACUUCAUGUAUCUAAGGGGGACAAUAAAACUGGAGCCGCAGCAGAUGACUCUGAGAGAGCUGGAAGUGAUGAGGAGGAUGAGGAGGAGGAGGAAGAGGACGAAGAAGAGGAAGAGGAGGAGGAUGAAGAGGAAGAGGAAGAAGAGGAUGAUGACGACACCCAUGACGAAGAAGACGAGGAGGAAGAAGAGAUUGAAAGUCAAAGGUUGCGGUCCAAAAGAACCCGUCGAGGUGCCAGCGGUGCUUCAGCCGCCAGCCAGCCGCAGAGGAAAAGCCUCCGGACGGCUCUGAGCGCCGCCCCGGCCGGGAUGACCACCAGGGGACGGAGGAAGCGCAUCGAGACGCCAAAGAGCAAGCGCAGGUCAGGCAGGUCGGCUCCCUCCUCCGCAGGCACCACAACAGCAGGAGGGAAGGCAGAGAUAGAGGAGAAGGAGAUCCUGGCGUGUGAAAAGUGUCCAAGAGUGUUCAACACACGCUGGUACCUGGAGAAGCACAUGAACGUCACACACAGACGGAUGCAGAUCUGUGACAAGUGUGGCAAGAAGUUCGUCUUGGAGAGCGAGCUGGCGCUGCAUCAGCAGACCGACUGUGAGAAGAACAUCCAGUGUGUCUCUUGCAACAAGUCCUUUAAGAAGCUGUGGUCACUGCAUGAGCACAUUAAGAUUGUGCACGGCUAUGCAGAGAAGAAGUUCUCAUGUGAAAUCUGUGAGAAGAAGUUCUAUACAAUGGCUCAUGUCCGUAAGCACAUGGUCGCUCACACUAAAGACAUGCCGUUCACCUGUGAGACAUGUGGGAAGUCGUUUAAACGCAGCAUGUCAUUAAAAGUUCAUUCACUCCAGCACUCUGGGGAAAAGCCCUUCCGUUGUGAGAACUGUGACGAGCGGUUCCAGUACAAAUACCAGCUGCGCUCCCACAUGAGCAUUCACAUCGGACACAAGCAGUUCAUGUGCCAGUGGUGUGGCAAAGACUUCAACAUGAAACAGUAUUUUGAUGAGCACAUGAAGACCCAUACAGGUGGGGAGACCAGUCUUCUUUGUGCACAUUGGUUCACCGGGUCCUCGUCUUAA